AUGACCUAUGACUUCCAUGGCGGUUGGGACACCAGCACAGGACACAACAGCCCCCUGCACCAGGGUUCUGCUGACCAUGGGGAAUUAAUCUACUUCAACACUGAAUUUGCCAUGAAAUAUUGGCGAGACAAUGGGGUUCCCGCUGAGAAGCUCAUCAUGGGAUUCCCCACCUAUGGACGGACCAUGCGCCUCACUUCUGCUGAUGUGUCUGUGGGAGCGCCCAUCUCAGGACCAGGGUCUGUUGGACCCUACACACGGGAGGCUGGCUUUUGGGCCUACUAUGAGAUCUGCACGUUCUUACCUGAAGCUACCACCUCAUGGAUUGAAGACCAGAAAGUCCCUUAUGCCUACAAAGGAAAUGAGUGGGUUGGGUUUGACAAUAUUGAAAGCUAUGAGCACAAGGUGGCAUUUUUGAAGGCAAAUGGCUUUGGCGGUGCCAUGGUUUGGGCUCUUGACUUGGAUGACUUCCUGGGCAACUUCUGCAGUGAGGGCUCAUAUCCUCUCAUCUCCAAACUCAAGUCUUUGCUGGGGCUGCAGACACCAGGCUGCAUCACUCCAGAGCCUCCCAAGCCCACGCCCCCCAGUACAUUCUGUGAAGGCAAAGCUGAUGGCAUUUAUGGGGACCCUGAUGAUCCAUCCAGAUUUUUUGAGUGUGCUAAUGGUAACACUGUGGCCAAAAGGUGUGCGGAAGGUCUUGUGUUUGACGAAAACUGCAAGUGCUGUAACUGGCCUUAA